AUGAGAUACAAGGGGAAUUUGAGCGCUGCGGAUGAGCUCUACGCGGCUUCGAUUCGUGUUCUACCGCUGCUUGGCGACCCGUGGAACCAACGGGGACUCUUAUUGGCCAAACGGGAUGUCCUGAAAUGCCUCUACUUCCACUAUCGGGCUCUUCAUUGCCGAUUUUCGUUUAUUGGCGCAACCUCAAACAUCCAGAAGAUCUUUCAAGAACACUCGGAAACAACCGUGCUAGUCGAUUCUCCAUUUGUGGAUAGGUUCCUGCACGUACUAUCCAAGUUCUACUUCAUGACCCGGGUCCAUCAACGUUUGGUCGACAGCCUGUUGGAAGAGUGCAUUACAAUGGAGGCGAUUGUCCCGCUGCUUGGUGUACUUUCCGAAUUGGGCCGACUACUCGAUAACGAAGUACCCAUAAGGGAUUCGGAGCUCACCAGAUUUUGGCUGUGCUUUGAAGACCCCUGUGAUCGACCCUUAACCGCUGGUGGAUUGGCCCGAACAUUGUGUGCGAUUAGGGACGGUGAAGUGAUUAAUCGGAAGGAGAUUAAUUCUGGCGCGAAGGAGGAGCUCUCUCGGUUACUCGACGAUCUCGUUUCGGAUUCCCUGAGUUGUCCAGGGACGGUGGUGGCCAGAGAUGAGACACGAAACGAGGUCAUCGGCGUCUGCCUGGCCAGUCGCCAUCAUCUAUUCGAUCAACAGUUGGAUCGUCUUUGCCGCUACUCCUUCACGGACAAGGGCCUGUCGAUUGCCGUCGAAUUUUUGAAAUAUGUUUUUAAUAGGGUCGACGUGGCUUAUCACCUGGAGGAGGCCGGCGUUUCAAAGCCCGUAUUCGUGGUGCUGGUCGGGGUGAAGCCCGAGUACCAAAAGGGUGGACUCGGAAAGAGGCUUCUCAAUGAGAGUCUCGACUCUGCGCGCAACUCGAGCGAUCGCUGCGAUUCGGCAUUCACCGUGUGCACGUCGGAGGGCGUGCAGCCGCUCUACCACCAACAUUUUCGCCAAGUGAUUUCGCGGGUUAAGUACAGCGACUACCGCGGCGAGUUUCGUGACCCGCCGAUCCGCCCGAAGGCUGCGAACUCUCUUCUCGUCCUUUUGGCCAAACUC